CAUAAAGAGUCAUAAAGCACACAGUGUACAAACCUAGGAGCUAAAAGUCAUUAAGAAGUCUCACAUUUCACAGAAGCACAUGGACCUUGUUUACUCGGAUUAGUUGAUCGUCACAAGUAAUUUUGGGUUUUCACUAGGUUUUGGAAACCUAUAUCUCAUCUCAUUGUUGUUUGGUUCAUAGCCUCCUGUCCUUUACCACUUUUUGUGAUUCUUGUCACAACUCCGCACAGCCAUGUCUUUUAGCCCAGUUAUAUUCAAUGAGCUGUGUGAAGAUGAGGAGAACGAUACAGCUCCUGAUUUAGAGUCUGUUAAAGCCCUGACAGCCAGACUGAAGCUUCAGACCCGCCGACCAUCAUACCAGGAAUGGACACAGAGAGUACAAGCACGACCAUGGGCAAAAAGUCGAACCGUUGUCCAAGAGAAACACUCUUCCAAUGAAGGGCAAAGCACCCCCAAAAACAGCAUAUGUGGGUUCAGCUCCAUAGAUGAAGCUUUACAAUGGCUUAGAAAAGAAUUGCAGGAGAUGCAGGCUUCAGACCAUCUUCUAGCACGACAGCUAAUGCUAUUACGUUCCCGAAUUUCGCAGUUCAAAAUACAGCAGACCUGCGAGAGGCAUAAGGAGAUGCUAGACGAUGCUACUUUUGACCUAGAGGGUUGUGAUGAAGACUCUGAUUUACUCUGCAACAUCCCGCCACGAGCUGCCUUCUCUCUUUCAACUCCCCUUAAACACAUUGGGGUUACGCGCAUGAAUAUUAACUCUCGCAGAUUUUCACUGUGCUAAGAUUUGUAUACUAAAUGCAUUUCAAAAUAACAUUGUCUAAUAGCUUGUUAGGUAUAUACUUUGUAAUAUGCUUCAUUUAAAGGGGUAUUCCAGGAAAAAAAAC